AUGCGAAAUAAAGUCACCAGAGGUGUCGUAUGGAGAUGGUGUUCGAACGAAACCGGGUACACGACUCCGGAACGGAGAAAAUAUAGACGCGUACACGGGCUGCAGUUUCCGUUGCAUCCGCAGCAAGUGUUCGGUUGGAUUGUGAUUCUGGUGAUCGCGGUGAACACGUUCGCGGUGCUGACGCCGUUAAUCGAGCCGUGCUCGCGUUCGGUUUUCUCGAUCGUGAUCGCGACGAUAUUCUUGACGCAUUGCUGCUCUCAUCUGACGGUGCUGCUGUUGGACCCGGCAGAUCCUCGUGUCAGAUCCCAGCCGGCGAAUAAAGUGCUGCCGGAAUUCGACCGAACGAAGCACAGCCGUGUGAUCGAGAACGGUCGGUGUCAUCUUUGCAACAUAACCACCGACAGCAAACGCACCAAGCACUGUUCGAUAUGCAACAAAUGCGUCGCUCGGUUCGAUCAUCAUUGCAAAUGGCUGAACAACUGUAUCGGGGCUAGAAAUUACAAGGCCUUUCUCGUUUGCCUGAUCUCUGGGAUUUGUGGCAGCCUGUUGGUUGCCGGCUUAUGCGUCGCCGAAUUGUUGUUCGCGUUGCUUCCGAAUCGGACGUCGAACGGGAACACGAGCAUGGAAAAUACCACCGCAACUACCGAUUCGUUGCCACGGGCCGUUUUUUCGAUCGCUCCUGUAUCCGACACAGGCUCUAUCAUCCUGAUCUCAGCGAUCGGAUUUCUCUCGGCGAUCGCGGCAAUUCUUUUGAUUCAUCUGUGCUUUUUCCACGGUUACAUAGCUUGCCUCGGUGUGACCACCUACGAGUACGUGCGGAAUAAACGCGAAAGGAAUAUGACCACGGCAGCUGUCGCAGCGGCCACCGCUGUCACCGCCACUGCCACCACCGGCAAUAUAAUCGCGAAUGUCAUCGAGAACGCAGCCAAAACCAGCGGACUCGUGUUGAGCAGACGGGACGACGCAGGCACGCAUUCACCUUGCCCUAACACCAACAGAAACAUAGCCGCCUUGAUCGAAACGGAAUCGAGUCGAGACGCGAUCGAAACACGUAUCAUCCGUCCACGGAACGACCAACGUAAGAACUUUCGACUUUGUUUCUCCUAUGAGAUCGAGUCAACGUCGAACGAAACUUCGAUCGAAUUCUCGUCCCAGGUUCCAUCCAGCGCGAAACGCAACCAGUCCACGAUCGUGUUCCGUGACUCGAUCGAUCUCGUCGGCUCGUCCACACCGUCACCGGUCUCCUGUUGCUUCGCCGCGGCCAAUUCAUUGACGACACGUUGCCGUUCGACGAGCAAGACCAACGCGUCGAAGAAACGACAGAGCAACGACUCCCUCGAAGCCGUCCACGUCUCGACGAACAGUUGCGAGGCGGUGCAGAGAAUCGGAAAAUUCUUGAGAACGUACCUCAGGAGAAACGGCCGUAGACGAACGGUCAGCGCGGAUACACUUCGCGGGACCAAAACCAAGCAACCGUUAGCAUCUACCAGCGAUUCUACUCGUCGAUCGGAAAUCACCGUUGAUCCCAUAGAGCCAACGAUGCCCUUCGGUGUCGAUGCUGCAGGCUCCGAGCCUGUCCCACAACCGUCCGUCAAACUUCCGCCGUUAUGUUCACCCAGUGGACAUCAGCAGGUUCCAAGUCCGCCAAGGAAACUGAACGGUUCCUCAACGUCCAGGAGAACCGUGAACCAAGGACACGCUCGUACCCGUCGUACCUGUACCUUUCGAAAGAAACUUAGACUGAAGAUGAACUCGCGUGUAGCCCAGUCCAUACAGCUGUCGCCUAUCCUUGAGUCGGAUAUGUCGAAACCAGCGUCGCCGCGAUCCCCGCGUUCGCCAGUUUCAAUUCGAUCGCCCUGUUCCCCCUGUUCCGUCCAAUCACCGCGUUUCACCCGCUCUCCGUCCCCUUUGUUCGAUUCUCGAUUUGUUCCGACGUCGCCGCCGAAAAUUUGA